AUUAUCAUUUGAAUGUGUAUCACUGUCAAUGACUUUGCUUUCCAACGAGAUAAUGAAUUUGAGCUGGCUUAAAUGGUGAGACGAGUUUCUGUUUAAAUGUGGACAAGCCAAGACACCAUUAAAUUAUUUGAUGUCAUUUGUACGUGUGUUGCACAAAAGUGGGCAUGUAUCUGUGGGUGUGUGUAUCUUCGCAGAAUUGUUUUUUGACAUGGACAUGAUUUCAGUGUAUUCCAUUUAAAACGAGGAUUAUGCUCCCAGUGGUGAUAGAUAUUUAAGGACUGUCCCAGAAAUGGGCGGAAUCACACAGAGGCCUUGGACCCCGACUAAAAGACGUGGACCUAUUGCAGCAGAAUUCAGUGGACCUGGACCUGCGUGGGUUACAUUACCCGGACUGAUAGGGAGAAAGCCAUAUGUCUCUGGGAAAAGUACUUCGCCUUGCUUUACAUUUGGAAAUAGACAUGGUGACACAACAGAUUACGCUGGACCUGGUCCUGGUACUUAUAAUGUGAUGGGCUUAAGCAGUCGUGGAAAAUCUUCCGCCCCGUCCGCAUCCAUGCAUUAUAGACACGCCGAACCAAAAUCUUUUGUGACUCCAGCCCCAGGUGCUUACUGUCCGGAAAAGGCAGAGGCCAAGAUUUUGGACCAUUCACCAAAAUAUAGUUUUGGGCUCAAGCCAAAGGCCGAAAUUAAGAGCAAUACUCCAGCUCCAAAUGUUUACAACGUUCCGUCCGUUCUUGGGAAUGGAAAUUGUCGCGAAGGAACCAAGCAGAAAGCCCCUGCUUAUACCAUGUCGGGCCGAGGAAAGGAAAUUGUGGACUCACGAGUAACGAAUCCAGGCCCAGGAAAGUAUGAAUCUGGAAGUCUUAAUGCCAUGAAAGAGAAAGCGCCUGCAUAUUCUCUCAGUAUUCGAACCCAGCUUCCAUCGGACGAUACCAAGAAACCUGGGCCAGGUGCACACUCCCCGGAGAAAGUAAACAUGUCUCCAGCACCAGCUCAUACAUUCGGCAUCAAACAUUCUCCAUACACAGCUAAUUUGAAGAGCAUUUAAACAAGAAAACAAACCAAAUUACAAAGAUGCGUAUCCAUCGACUUGAAGAACGAGAAAUUACGAUGAUAUAUUGACUGCCAUACUUCUGUUGUUAAAUGUGUGAUUCUUAUGAAAAAACUGAGAUUGUUCGGAUACAUUAUUUGCACGUAAAGUAAAUCAUCAUCUGCAAGAUCAAAAAUUAUCUGAAUUAUCAUCAUCAUGAAAGAUCAAAAUGUGUGCUGUUCGUGUAUACAACUAAUAAUUCACUAAAUCAUAAUAAUACCUUUGACGAAAUAAGAAAUUUGCCAAUUUCGAUGUCAUUUUUUAUGUUCGUCAGAUACUCACUAAUCUCGGUUUAAUUAAAAGGACUUUGUUUAUAUAAGUAUAUAUGUAACAUUGCUAAAUUCUGUAUGAAUUAUGUAUCAUUUUGACUGAGCUAACAUCAAAUGAAUUAACGAAUUUCUGGUGUAUGUAUUUCUUAUAAUUUGGAAAAUAAAUAAUGUGUUUUUUAAAG